AUGUUUUACUCUCACCAGCUUCUUGCUCGAAAGGCUCCACUCGGCCAAAUAUGGAUGGCCGCGACUAUGCACGCGAAAUUAAACCGAAGAAAGCUAGACAAGCUUAAUAUAAUUAAGAUCUGCGAAGAGAUUUUGAACCCAUCGAUUCCUAUGGCUCUUAGACUUUCUGGAAUUCUCAUGGGAGGAGUGGUGAUUGUUUAUGAGAGAAAAGUGAAGCUCCUUUAUGACGACGUUACCCGUUUCCUGGUUGAGAUAAAUGAAGCCUGGAAGGUAAAGACUGCUCCAGAUCCUACCGUGCUCCCCAAAGGAAAAUCUCAAGCCAAGAAAGAGGCUGUUACUCUGGCAGUGAACGAAGAGAUAAAUGUGGGAGGUAUUGAAAAGUCCCUUCAGUUUUCCAACACAGCCACCAGUAUGGGGUUCCAACAUACCGCCUAUUUUACUAUGCGACUUGAUAAUGUGGAUGAACCCUACAUUAGUAAUGGAGCAAGAGGGGGGGAAGAUCCAUCCGAAUUUCUCCAUCAAGCUGACGCGGAGAAUAUUACCUUGUUUGAACGUUUUGAAUCAUUCCAGGCUACUGCGGAUCCGUACAAUCGCUUUGAGAGGUUUGAUAUCGAAGGAGAUGAGGAAACACAGGUAAACGUAACUUCAGGAGAUUACGCUCAAAUUCCAACCACGCUCAUACCCUCCCCACCUCAUCAAGACGACCCGGCAAGAGCUGAUAUAACUAUAGACCAACAUCCAGGACACCCCGUCAUUAGUCAAUCUGAUGAAGGCAUGAAAGCUAGACAGGAACACAGAAGGCGAGGCCCAACUAAAAGGAAAAAAGGACAACCAGUGGCAACUGCAAUGGAUUAUGAGCAAACCAUAAUUCCUGUUCAUAUAUACCAACAGUGGCUUCAAAAUGCUUCUGAUAUUGUCUCACGAAGAGGAAGAAAGAGAAAGCGAACUGAUAUCAUGUCUUCAACAAAGAUAGCUACCCUCAUGAAACUGCCACCCGUCGUGCUAAUUGGUGAUUUAUUUACAAGUGAAAAUAAAGAUAUAUAUUAUCCGGCACCCAUUCUUGAAUUAUGGAUUAAGAGCACUCAACCACCCCAUGAUUCCCCCUCAGAAAGGGCUUCAACACACCAUCCUCCGGAACCAUCAUUUUCAUCACCUCCGGGAGUACGCAAUGAGGAUUUCACGGGAUUUCCUUUUGAAGAUUUUGACGUUGGGCUAGACAACCAGUUAUUGGCAGCUUCAAUAGAGAAGCGGCGUAAUAAUAAUCAACAUAAUGAAAUUUUCAUGGAUGAGCUGAGGGCUAACCUUGACUACGGUUUGAGAGCGCCAGAUGGUACUCCGCAGAUCUCAUCAGGGAAAUCUGGAGACAGCAUACUUUCCUUUCCCAGAUCAGUAUCUGAAGAUGGACCUGCCUCGCAUUCGGAAUUUGAUACAGGAAGAUUCACAAAGAAAAGGCAUUCCUCAUCUGGAAACAGCAGUGGAGGCCUUGAGCCAGUAGCUGAGAAUGCAAAUUUCAAGUUAGCUAGGCUGUCUGAAAUUGGUCCCACACCUGAUCAAGAACUACUUGUGGAAACAGGACCCACGCAAACACAAGUGAACAUCAAUCAUCCUGAUGACAAGAUCACUGAUUCUAUCCAAGCGCAGAUGAAAGCACAUUUCAACACGCCUGGAGUUCCUCAAGUUGAAUCUCUCGAUAUCCUAGCUGCUGGAAUGACCCGGAAAUCAGCAGCGCUGCUUUUCUAUCAAACUUGUGUUCUCGCUUCCCGCGAUGCCCUGAGAGUUGAGCAGAAGGUGUCCUAUGGGGAGAUUCUCAUCUCUAGAGGAUCAAAAAUGUGAUGAAGCAAGUGGUAUUGAUGUUUAAUUUAGGCAACGAGAGCAUUCCUCCAUAUGCAAUCAUUAGUUACCACCUAUCCUUUCAAAAUAUUCGUAACUUUUUGUCUGGAUUAUCC